AUGGCCUCGCCUCAUAGCCCCUUCACGGUGCGGGCAGGGGCGGCUCUGAACGUGGCUCUGCGGGUGCCCAGUGUGUUCGCGAUCGACGCCGUGCUCAGCGCCUCUCUCCCGGGGGAGGCAGGGCCAGGAUGGGUCGGUGUUGUGGGCGUGCUGCUGGUGCGGGCUCUGGUGGUCCUGCUGUCCCUGGUGGUCCUGCAGCUCCCCCUGAAGGCCCUGCUCCAGUUCUACACCCUGCUCCUGGGCAUGGUGCUGGCCUCGGCCUCAGCCCUGAUCAACUACUACGCUGUGUCGCACUCGGACCUGCAGGGGGCGCUCCUCCACAGAGCCGGCUCAUCUCCUAGUGUUUGGCUAGCCCUCGGGGCCUUGCAGCUGUUUUUUGGCCUGGGUUACGUGUGUCUGCUGCGGCUGCCCUCCUCCAUGUCUCUGCUGGUAGCUGUGGAUGUGGUGACCCCCACGUGGAGCCUGGUCCUGGGGCUCCCCCUACAGGCUCGGCAGGCAGUCAGCGUCCUGUCCGGUCUGGCCCUAGUGUUGACCACUCUGUUCUGCCUGGUGGAACGUCUGCGCUGGCUUCACAAGUUCAGCAGGUACGAGUGUAUGCUGUUGCGUAUCAUGGUCCGGCUGUACGGGCUGCAAGCGGUGUUGGAGGACACGUGGCUAAGGAUCCGCCUCCCAGACGUCCUGAGGCUCUUCUGGAUCACACGAGUCACUGCUCAGGCUCUGAUACAGCUCUAUGUGAACAGAGGCGAGCCAGCAGGGGGCACGCACACGCAGUUGGAGCUGUGGAGCUGGCAGGACCUCUGUGAUCUCACGUCUCACCUCAUCAUCUCCGGUUGUGAUUCGACGCUGGCCGUAUUGGGCAUGAGCGCCGUCAUCUCGUCUCUGGCGCACUACCUCGGCCUCGGCAUCCUCGCCUUCAUCGGUUCCACAGAGGAAGAUGACCGGCGUCUUGGUUCUGUGGCUCCCAUCCUGUUCUUCAUCCUGGCUCUGCAGACCGGCCUGAGCAGCCUGGACCCCGAGGAGCGGCUGGAGCGUCUGGGCAGGAACAUGUGCCUGCUGUUGACGGCGGUGCUCCACUUCGUGCAUGGCAUGGUGGACCCGGUGCUGAUGUCUUUGAGUGCGUCUCACGUGUCGUCUCUGCGGCGCCACCUGCCUGUGCUGCUGGUCAGUGCACUACUGAUGCUGCUGCCCGCCUGUCUGUCCCUACUGCUGUGGAGGCUCUACCACCUCAACACCUGGCUGUUCGCAGUUACCGCCUUCUGCGUCGAGCUCUGCCUCAAGGUGCUGGUUUCCCUCACAGUGUAUGUCCUCUUCAUGGUGGACGGUUGCUGGUCCUCGCUCUGGGAGCAGCUUGACGACUAUGUGUACUAUGUGCGCUCCAGCGGCAGCGUGAUGGAGUUCCUGUUUGGUGUGGUUAUGUUCGGGAAUGGAGCCUACACCAUGAUGUUCGAGUCAGGGAGCAAGAUCCGAGCCUGUAUGAUGUGUCUGCACGCCUACUUCAAUAUCUACCUGCAGGCCCGCAGCGGCUGGAGGACUUUCAUUAACCGCCGUAGUGCAGUGAAAAAGAUCAACUCUCUGCCGCAGCUGAAGGGGGCAGAGCUUCAGCACAUCAGCGACGUUUGCGCCAUCUGUUACCAGGAGUUCAGCGCGGCCGCCUGCACCACGCCUUGUAAGCACUACUUCCACGCUCUCUGUCUGAGGAAGUGGCUCUACAUCCAGGACACCUGCCCCAUGUGCCACCAGCGCAUACACCUCCACGACACGCCCACUGUCACGCCACCACAGGAGAGAGAGGACCAGCAAGGACCAGGAGAGGGUGAGCGAGAGGGCGAACGAGCACACAGAGAGGGAGAGGAGAGAGAGGACGGGACUGGACGAGCAGAGGAGGACAAUGACAGCAUUGAGUACGACUCUGACGAGUGGAACACACGCAAUGUGGCCGCCAGAGAAGAAGACAUGGACCAGGACCAGGACUCGGACCAGAACUGA